CAAAUCAUUAAUAUUAUGUGACCAUAGAUUUCAAUUAUAUAUCUGUAUUACAAAAGUAGAUUUUCAGGAUAAAGGUUAAAUAUCAUAUAGAUACAUAGUAUGAUCAAAAACGAAAUUUUGUUUCCAUUGAUCUCCUGCACGCCAUUUCUUUGUAUCCUUAUGUAAGAAUAUGUAAUAUACCAUCUAACUGUGAUUGUUAUGUAUUAAUGUGAUACAUGAUUCCAUAGUUCUGCAAUUUAAAAAUUGGUCUUAAGUUUAAAUUAAAGUGCAAUUGUAAAGUUUUGUGUUAAGUUUCAAAACUGCUAGUGGGAUAUUCAAUAUGCUUAAAUUAAUGAUAAUAGUGAAGCCAUGAGUUAAACUUACUGUUUUGAAAGACAUUAAUGAUUUAAAAGAGAUCAAAUGUCCCUGGAAUAGACUGUGUUCUUUUAGAUCACACCAUGUAUAAUAUUUACAGUAUUUAUAUUAAUAAUCAUACAUCCAUCUAAUAUAUUUUCAUGAACCUUUGGAUGUAUAUAGUUCAAAAUGCAGAGAGAAGAAAAGCAAUUGGAUUCUGCUUUGGAAGCCAUUAUCAUGAAAGUAAAUGACUUAAAAACAGCUAUUGCUGCAAUGAUAUUCAAAUUAGAACAUGAAUAUGAAACUUUAAAUUGGCCUAACUUCCUCGAUAAUUUUGCACUUAUUUCAGGACAUUUAACUAGUCUUUCAAAAAUCCUUGGACAUGAUAAAGCACCAAAUUUAAGAAAUCUGACAGUUUUACCAUUACGAUUAAGUCCUGAAAAAGAUGAAGAUCUACUUCGUUUAACUGAAGGUAGAAUUUCUACAUUUGCUCAUGAUUUAGUACCUGAUUAUUUACGAACUAAAGUGGAACCUCAAGCUGAACAAAAAAUGAUGCAACUUGAAGCAAAAGCUGCAAAUUUAAAUUAUGAAACGUCACAUGACUGCAAUAAACAAGUAACACAAUAUACAAAAGUCAUUAGUCAUGUAUGGGAUAUAGCAAAUAAAGCACGGGAAGAAUGGGAAAGUGAAUCUGGGUCUAGAGCGGCGCAAGCGCAGACUAGUAGCACAGCAGAUACUCAUGCUCUUGUAGCAGCUGUUGGUAUUGGAAAAGGUUUAAAGUCUGAUUCAGUGCCAAUGGUUCAAUCUGGUGUGAAUUCUGUAUCAAGUGGAAUGAUGGUAGGUAGGCCUGGAAGUCAACAGCAAAAUUCGGGACAAGGAACUUUAGGGAACUCAUCCAUGGGACAAAUGGGUAAAGCUCCAAGUACAAUAAAAACUAAUAUUAAAGCAGCAUCACAAAUUCAUCCAUAUAGAUAAAAUAUGUACAAUAAAUUACCUGUAAAAAAAAUCGCAUAUUUUUGUGUAAUGCUAUUCAUGAUAGAAAAAAUUGUUUUCAUUUUAAUCGAUCGAAAUAUAGAAGUUAGUACUAAAUUAAUAUUGUAACGUGUAAAAAUUUCAGACUUAGAAUAUUUAAAUAUGUAAAAGUUUUU